AUGGGGCUAUUCGCCUUGGCAAACUCGUUCACCAUGCGAGUGUGCCUCAGUAUGACCAUAACGCAAAUGGUGCUACACCCGGAGUCGUCCGAGCACAUAGUCGGCGAGAUAUGUCCGGAUAACGAUGGCCCUGCGACUGAAGAAGGAAAUAGCACACUAGUUUUUGAGGGUCGAGAUCGCUACGAUUGGGAUGAAGCUACGCAAGGUUUACUGCUAAGUGCCUUUUACUACGGCUACGUUAUAACGCAUUUGCCAGGAGGUUUAUUGGCUGAGAAGUUCGGUGGGAAAUGGACUCUUGGCUUAGGCCUUUUGUGCACUUCAAUAGCGACUGCUUUAACGCCUUUAGUAGUAAGCCUUUGGGGAGCGGUUGGGCUGUUUGUCAUUCGGGUCGUGGAGGGUUUUGGUGAGGGACCGGUGACACCAGCUUUCGUGCUGUUGUUGGCUAGAUGGAUUCCACCGUCUGAGAGGUCCCGUUUUGGUGCCAUGAUAUUUGGAGGAGCCCAGAUCGGGAACAUACUCGGCCCAUACUUAUCUGGUUUGCUUUUAGCGGAUGGAGGCGAUUGGGCUAACGUAUUUUACGUCUUCGGUGGAUUGGGAAUUAUUUGGUUUAUAUUUUGGGUUGUUUUAUGCUACAGCACUCCUAAUUCCCAUCCUUUCAUUUCGGACGAGGAGAGGGAUUAUUUGAACAAUAAUGUGGCAGCAUCCGGCUUGCACAAGAAAUUGGAUCCAGUCCCGUUUAAAGCUGUGAUAAGAUCUGCUCCACUUUGGGUUCUCGUAAUGGCCGCUAUUGGCCACGACUGGGGUUAUUUUACGAUGAUCACAGAUCUGCCGAAAUAUUUCUCCGAUGUCCUCAAAUUCAACAUUAAAGAGACCGGUUUGAUGUCAGCUCUUCCAUACAUCGCGAUGUACAUAUUCUCCUUUAUAUUUGCUGCGUUAUGCGAUCUGUGCAUUAGGAGGAAAUGGCAUAGCAUUGGAACUGGGAGGAAGAUUUACACGACUAUCUCCUCUUCCGUGCCCGCGCUUUUUAUAAUACUGGCCUCGUACUCCGGAUGCAACCGCGCGCAGGCGGUCGGCUUUUUCAUAGCGUCCAUGGCGUUCAUGGGUGGCUUCUACAGCAGCGUGAAGAUAAACGCCAUGGACAUUGCGCCUAACUACGCUGGCACUUGCGCCGCGUUCGUUAACGGCAUCGCCGCAAUUGCCGGAAUAAUCACGCCGUAUUUGGUUGGCUUGCUGACGCCAGACCAAACAGUGGAGCAAUGGCGCAUAGCUUUCUGGACUGUUUUCGUUGUGCUCGUCGGCACGAACAUAGUCUACAUAAUCUGGGGCUCAGGGGAGCAGCAGUGGUGGGACGAUGUGGAAAGGCACGGCUACCCACCUGGUUGGAAGCAUGGUCCUCUGAAGAAAAGGCAGCAGGAGAAGAAAAUCGUGUAUCCGAAACACGACCAUUCGCCGAUAUCUAACGAC